AUGAGCAUAUCGUAUACCGGCCAGCUGCCCACGACCAGCCCGUUGUCGCUGACUCAACUCAUCACCUCAGACCGAUACCAGCAGGUUAUUGAGAAUGCCGAUGCUGCCCGGGCCCGAGUGAGAGAACAGCUCAAACACGCCAAAAAGACAGGCGCCACAGAGGCGAAUGGCGACAUUAUGCCUGUGAUCAAGGCUCUGGAGGAAUAUAUGCCACACAUUACCAGCAUUGUCGACAACGAAGGGGUGUUUCGAUUCACGUCUCAGAUCAUCACUUGCUGGAGACUUCCGUUCCAGUCACAGUCGUCAAUGGCCAACAAGACGCCUCUGCAUGGUCUCAGCUUCGAAUAUAUCAUGGUACUAUUCACGUACGCUCUGGCUCUGGCUACCUUGGCCAACCAGUACGUGGCUAGAGAUAAGGAGGAUCGAUGGAAGCAUGCCAGUGCAUACAUUAGUAAAGCUCGAGGCGUGGUAGACUAUCUCAGGCAGUGUCGAAGCUUCCAGAUCAUCUGCAACGAACCUCCAGCCUCGGUCCCUCGAGACCUCAGCUCAGCUACAAUGUCGGCCCUUUCACACAUGCUCUGUGGAGCGUCCCACAUGCUCAUUCUGUACAAGUGUGAUGCAGAGACCUAUCUGGAUGGAGGAGCUCCGUCUGCAGGCGCAAACUCGGGAGGGUUUUCAAGCUCGUUGUUACUUCGAACUGCAAUCUUUGCCAGAGAUCAGUUUGAAACCGCUUCUGCCCUGCUGGGAGAACCAGUAUCGAAACGCAAGCUGGUGACGAGUCUAGUCAAGGAAAAGAGCUCCAAGUUCUCACUGUCAAAAAAGCUGCAUUUAAGGAAGGACGAUGGCUCCCCGAGUUUGGCGCCAGUGUCAUCCUUUGAAUCAAACAGAGACCUGUCGUCGACGUCUUCGGGAACUCUAGACUCGCUGCUUUCCUGGCUGAGCAGAGCACGAGGGGUGGCCGAGGGAUUCGUCUUCAAGCACAUGGCUAUUCAGGCGUAUGAGAACAACCAGAUUGGCAAGGCUGUAGGCGCAGCUUAUGCAGCCAUUCUGCAACUGGAAGAUGUCAAGAUCCCUCAAAAGUCUGCUCUUUAUAUUCCAGUGACCCAUCUCAAGGAGACGCUGAACCGUCACCAUGCCGACUACAAGGCUGACAAUGAUCGUCUAUCGUUUGAGCCUGUUCCUUCGCCUUCAGAGCUUGCUCAAGAGUGGCCCUCCGGUCGACAGGUGAUUUCUGCUCAAAAGUGGACUCCACAAACAAGUCUGGAUCUUGGAGAGGACACUUCCUCCUCCGCACCCAAGUAUUCUGGCCAGGGUUCCUACUACUAG